AUGGUGAGGGUGACUGGUAUUAACAAGCGUACUGUGCUACAGGGCAGGCCGGCAGCUCAAGCGUUCGACAAGAUCAUGAAGAAACGCAAGAAUCGACCUGCAGCCAAGUCGCGCAACAUGAAGAAGGCCAGGGCGGCGCGCCGCGCUGCGGCUGAUGCGACGGCUGUCCUGUCAUCUCAAGGAAGGUCUAAGGGUACAGCCGCGGGGGCCGCCGAGGUGGAGGUGCAGCAGGCCAUUGAGCCGCUGCAGCCGGCACGUGGUGUCACAGAAGUGAGUGCCGUCGUUAGUGACACCGAUCAGACUGCUGCCACCAACCAGACUGAUCCUGGCACAGACCUGUCAGAGCAGGAGCCGAAUGUGGACUGGCUGUGCUUGAUCUGCACCUUCAUGAACGGCGAGGCUUCAGCAUACUGCACAAACGGCAAGUGUGGCAGACCAGCUGCUGUAGUCGACGAUGAAGACCCAGAAACUGUUUGGGACGCGAUGUCAGUGGCGCAACUGGCUGAUGACACCGACCACAUGACUGUUGCCACAGUCAGCGGGGCUACUGACACAAACCGUACAACAGCUGCCACAGUCCAAAAGGCUACUCGCACAGUCCGCAAGUCUACUCCCAUCGACCAAAUGUUCCAUCCCAUCUAUGACGAGUACUACAAGGAGAGUGAUCUCACUGUGGAUGCGGAGUAUGCAACUACCACUGAGAAGUGGCAAGUGGCUUACAUCAAUGAUCGGCGGCAGACGCCUCUAGGGCUGCAGUACCAUGUACUCUGGGUGCAUCCUGAUCGUAGUUGCAGAAAGCUCAACCGGCACAGGUGA